AUGGCAGCAAGCUCAGAAGAGUCGGGGACGUCGAGUUGGUACAGGGUCCCUACCUGGUCGGGCAAUCCGGCCGAGUGGAGGACUUUCCGCCGAGAGAUGAAUUGGUGGAUUGCCUCCUUGGACAGCGAAAGCUGUAAGAAGUUCAACGUUGCAGCCCGUUGGGCCUUGAGACAACAUGGAGUUGUUCGAGCUCGAUGUGAGGAAUUUGAUCCGUCGGAGUUGGUUGGCAUCCAAGAGGAAUCCAUGGAAGAUCCAGAAACAAAAGAGAAGAUCAUUGUGACGCCUGCCAACCCUUUUGCUGGACUCACCAAGCUGAUGGAUGCCUUGGAGGCUACCGUUGGAAAGUCGAGCUUGGACCGAAAAGGUGAACUUCGCGCCAUGUACUAUCAAGAGAUCAAAAGAAAUGCUGGCGAAAGGAUUAGUGCAUUUUGCACACGGUUCAGAACGCUUGCUGCAGAUCUCAAAAGAGAAGGCAUUGCAAUGCCUGAGGAAGAGCUUGGUUGGAUGCUUAAGGAGCGCCUUGGAUUGGACCCGAUUCGCCAACAAUUGUUGGAAACAGCAUUGGCUGGUCGGGAAUCCUAUGAUGUUGUGGAAACGGAGUGCCUUCGGUUGUUUCGUGAUUUGCACACCUCCGAUCCCCUCUACAAGGCCAAGCAUGCAGACAAGCCACCGUUGUUGCAGAGAUUUUUGCAGUCGCACAAUAGCCACACGUCGUACAGGUCCCCCAGUUCUGCCACUCCCUCUGUUCGUUCAUUCAGGUCACAGAGCUCAGCUUCAGCUUCGAGUCGGCCACCUUUCCGUCGGUUCGGAAACAGCGGUGCACCACCUCGUCAGGCUCUGGUGACAGAGCUGCCAGAGGAUGCUGAACAGUAUGAGCCCGAGCUUGAAGAAGACACUGAACUGAUUCCGGCUGAGGAAGCUUCACCCCAGUCGAUUGAAGAGGUACUUCAAGCCGAAGCUGAAUACUUAGCAAGCGAGAUCCAGGAGUUAGAGGACCAGGGUUGCGAAGCUUCAGUUUUGGAGGAGUUGGAAUCAGGCCUUGAACAGGCCGCUGAAAGCCUGGUGACCAUGCGUGAAGCCAGAAGCCGCAUUGCUGAAGUGAAGAAGGACCGCGGCUAUGGUAAGGCCGCAUCAUCAUCCUUUUCAGCUGGCAAGAAACCGCAUGGCAAUCAGGUUCCCAAGCAGAAGGCCUACACCCGUUGUUUUGAUUGUGGAGAACCUGGACAUUGGGCGGGUGACUCCGCAUGUGCAAAGCCCGGAGCUGGCUUGGGAAAGAAAGGCCGUGGCAAAGGUCUGAGCACCUCCUCUCCAGCGAAGCAAGUGCGUGUGACUGAAGCCCUCAACACGGAGCAUUUGUUGGAAAGUGACGCAUUGGUUGAACCACCGGUUGAGCAUGAAGUGUUGAUGUUGACAACAUUGGUUGACAAGUCGGUUGAUACAUUGGUUGAUACAGGUGUGUUGGUUGAUCAGUCGGUUGACAUGUCGUUGGAAGAACAGUCGGUUGCAAAGCGUGUCGAUUCAUUGGUUGAGCAUGAAGUGUUGACAUUGUCGGCAGAGACCUUUGGCCUGCCCUUGUCGGAAGUGCUGGCGCAAUCCCACGACAAAGUUGCAGUGAGCACCAAUGCUCAGUUGGCUGUUGACAAACAGUUUGUUGGUGCGUUGGACUCAGCUUGCAACAGGACCUGCGCCGGAUCCACCUGGUUGAAGUGUUACUUGGAAAUGUUGAAGCAAGCCCCAAAGUAUAUCCAGCACCUGGUUUCCCAUGUCUCUGAGAAUGAGCUGUUCCGUUUUGGAAAUGGCGGCACCCAACGUUCAAAUGUUCGGUACAGGCUACCUAUGAUGAUUGGCUCCACCCUUAUCACGGUCUGGGUUUCCAUUGCGCCGGUAGCAUCAUUGGGAUUAUUGUUGGGGAGAGAUUUUUUGAGUGGGAUUGGUGCAGUGAUGUCGUUCGCUCGCAAGAAGCUUCGGGCGGACCUUGUCAACAAUGAGUUGCACGAUUUGGGUCAACUUGCUGCAGGACACUUCACCCUGCCUUUGCCACCAACGGGAGAUUGGGUGCGUCCGGGCACUCAACGCUGGCGAAGCUUUGGUCAAGAUGGUGUUGUCGAGAUGCAGUUGAACUGUCACGAUUGGUGGAACAAGAAACUUCUUUCUCGUUUAGCUCGUUUUGAUGUUUUGCAAGCACCUGCAGCACCGCACGAGCACCUGGUCACUGAACGUUCCUUGUCGGCAAUGGCUCAAGCGAUGACGGACCAAAUGGCCUCUCAAGCGAUCGUGCACGACCUCACUCAGGACACCUCAGGGAUGAUCGCCAAGUGGAGGCGCAUGGUGCUACGACAGCGGGCUCGCGCCGAAUGGCACGGCCGUGGAUUGCUCUUAUGGUUGCUGCAGCGACCGCAUCUGCGGUAUGCUCCCUUCCCAUAUCCAAGCAUCUCGAACGUCAAGCAGUGGGAAGAACAAGCGGUCUCAAUGACUGCGCAGCGGCCCAAAGCCAUCCUCAAGGAGCACUACACGAGAAGCUGCACCAACCAGGUCUACGAGACCAAGAACCUGGUGGAACUGGGUCAGUUCCGAAAUCGUGUUGGCCUGCAGUUCGCCUUCAUAGAAGACAGUCUUCUUCAAGGAAUGCUGGCAGCCCGUGCGAACAAGGGCAUCACUACGCAGUUGAAGAAGGAAGCUUUCCAAGAGGCUCAAAUCAAGGCAGCAGCGAUGAAGUCUCAGGAAGAUCAAGAAGCUGCCGUUCGACAGCUGAUCGGACCAAAAGGUGGCCUACCGUCACUCAAAGCCGACCUCAUUCGCCUGGCUGCCCUCCUCAACGUGACCCUCGACUCCAAGAUGACCAACGAGCAGAUCAAGGCGGCUUGCCGACCCAUGAUUGCCGAGCUCAUGGCAAAACCGAAGCCGAGCAGCAGCAGUUCAAAGAGCUCGACAGAUCCGGCAAUUCCCGCCUCUCAGGCGAAAGCCAAGCCUACCUCAGCGCCACAGGUGAUGGAGGCUCCUCGUCGAUUCGACGGCCCGCAGAUGAUCUCAGUUCAAGAUGUUCACGAACUGCUGGCAGCUCAGGAUCAGAAGUUCCAGACCAUGCUGAAUCAGGUCAUGCAACACGUGACCUCUCAGCCAGUCCCCAAGGCAAUGGCUGGCCAUCCGAUUCUCACCGGAUGGGACGCUCCUCCAGACGAGACCAUGGAGGACGGAUGUUUUCAUGGCUGGACACCCGAGGAGAUCCGCCAGAUGAAUGCCGACCACAUUCAAGAAGAUCUGGAUUGGCGGAUGGCCAACGGCAUUCCUCCUCGGCAAGCUCAGCUGAUCUCAGAAGCCUGGAACAAGCACUGCCGAGACCGUCGUUUGGUAUCUCUGAGUGCCUAUGAGGUCAACGAGAUCUACGCUGGUGAAUGGGAAGCGACAGUGAAUGAGGCCCAAAACGAUGUCUUCCUGACCUCCGUUGUCAUUGGCCUCGAUGAUGACACCUCUCCGAAUGAAGACGCUUCUCAGAAUGUCAAGAAUCCAUCGAAUGCCAAGCUCACACCGAAUGUCAACAAGUUCAAGAAUGACUCCGGAAAGUUCGUGAAGCCAAAGACCUUCAUGAGUGAGAUCUACACCACGACUCAGAGAGUCACCAAAGCUGCACAGCAACGUGGGCACGUCACCGGAUCACCUUUGUCAUUGGAAACGGGCUGGAAUUUCUUGCGGAGUCAUGACCGCGAGGUGGCUCGAAAGCUUUUGUCUAAGGAGAUCCCCUAUUUCCUGGUGAUUGCCUUCCCUUGCAGUUUUUGGAGCAUCCUCCUGAACCUGAAUCCUCCGAAGGAUCAUGAGAGAAGGCUGAAAGAAGCGAUGCAGUUGCUCCGCUUUGCUAUACAGCUGGCUCGUGAUCAACAUGCCCGUGGUUUGCACUUCGUUCUGGAGAAUCCUCAAAGCUCCAGAGCAUGGUCUUUGGAUGAGAUGCAAAAAGCCCUGUCUGCCUUGCAAGCUCGUUUGGUAGACUUCCAUCAAUGUCGCUUUGGCCUUCGAGGACGCAAUGGACAGUUGGUCCGCAAAGCAACUCGCUUGGCUACUUCGAGCGACUAUAUCGUCCAGACCUUAGAUGGCAUGAAGUGUUUGGGAAACCACAACCACGAGCACAUCAUUGGUGGAACACACAUCUCAAGGCCUUCCGGUCACUAUCCAUGGGAGCUCGCCAAGACUCUCGUGAAGGGAAUGGAAAAGCAGUUUGAAGCCGAUUUCAAAAGGCCUCACCCUGGCAAUAUGCCUGGAUCACCUCACUCCACCUUAGCUGUUGAAGAAGGAGAAGCUGAACACUACCCCGCUGCACUCGAUGACAGCGAUUCAGAAGCAGAGCUUCCAGAUCCUCCUGAACCUAAAGGAGAUGCCAAACUUCCAGCUGGAGUGAAGCUAGCGCUCAAAAGGUUGCACGAGAACACUGGUCACCGUUCUGGAAAACGUUUAGCCAGAGCAUUGGCCAUUGCGGGUGCGCCAGCAGAUGUGGUGAGAGGAGCCUUACACCUACGUUGCUCCAUUUGUGAUGAGCAGCGUGCUCCCAAGGCGAGGAGACCUACCAGUUUGCCUACGCCAAAAGAUGUUGGCGACCAGGUGUUCAUCGACAUCUUCGAGGUCUUUGCUCUCCAAGAGCGCCGUUACUAUGUGGUUCAUGCAGUUGACUUCGUGUCGCGGCUUCAAAUGGCCGAACUGGUGGACCAGAAAUCCUCAGACAUGGUCGCUCGCUUCCUGUCCACAAGGUGGCUUCCAGUUCUUGGCGCACCGCGCACCCUGGUGGCGGAUCAAGGAAGAGAGUUUGUUCCUCAUGUCUUUGAAGAGUACUGCAGUGGACAUUCCAUCUACUUGCACCACACAGCAGUUCAAGCUCCAUGGCAAAAUGGAAUCGCUGAACGUGGUGGCUCCAUUCUCAAGGGCAUCAUCAAGGCUUUGGUGAAAUCACAUUCAGUGAGCACACGAGAUGACAUGGACGUGUGCAUUCAAGAGGCUGUAGCCGCUUACAACAGCGACAUGACUGAUGCCGGUGUCACGCCCAAUCAGGCCGCUUUUGGCCGUCAGCCUCGUCUCCAUGGUGACACCCUUGGCGACUUUGGAAGAAGGUUGAGCGAGCACGGGCUAAUCGAGUCAAAGCCCAGCCUGGCUCGACAAGUGGCCAUCAGAGAGUCAGCCCGGAUUGCUAUGUUGAGAAUGCACUUCUCCAAAGGUCUUCGACGGGCCGAAACAGCCAGAUCGAGAACAUCCACCAUUGAGCACAACCUUCAACCUGGGCAGAUAGUCUACUUCUACAGGCAGACUCGCUACAACAACAAGACAUCAGGUUCCAAGAAGCGCCUCAGUCUUCGACGAUGGCAUGGACCAGCUCUUCUCAUUGCUUUGGAGGGCCACACGAACGGCUUCGUGAGCUAUCGGGGCCAAUUGACAAAGUGCGCCCUAGAACACUUGAGGGCUGCGAGUACUAUGGAACAAGUGGCCACCUCUGUCUGGGAAGAUGCCAUUCAAGAAGUGAUUGAGGCAGCUUGCCACGACCAGUCCGGGAACUCUGAAGUUCGAGAUUCCGAACCUGCAGUACCAGAACAAGCACGUCGUGAAGGGCAACCUCAGGAGGUGUUCGAACCUGAUACUCCAGUGAUCCCUCAAGCUCAAGGAUUACCUUCGUCCGCAGCUCCACAUGAUCUUCCUCCUCUUCAACCGCAAGAGAUGGUGGCUGGAAUGUCUAGAGCCUUGGCACCAGGAGCUGAAGGAGCUUUUGGAUCGAGUACCAGAAGGAGCUCUUCAGUGAUGAGACCGAGCUUUGACCUAUCUCAGUCUCCGUUUCCGCAAACUCUUCAGAAAGCACUGCUCCAAGCACAAGAACGAGCAACCGAAGUUCCUGUUCCAGAAGCUGGCAAUAAACGCUCGGCUGAGCUUGAUGCUGAACAACUUCGGGAAGAAGUGCAAGAGGCUGAUGAGAUUCCACCUCCGGCGACUUCAGUCACUGCUCCUCAGUCCAGUGAAGUGCUGAAUGUGACCGCUUUGCCUUAUGAGGUGAUGGAACUACAAGCGAAAGCGGAACUCCAUCCUCUUAGACAACUACAAGCCUUGGCUGCUAUGGAUCGUCGCGAUCCUCUCGGAAGCAAAGUGCUAGAUCAUGGCACUUGGCGUGGUGAUUGGCCACUCCCUUCAAGGACAACCUGGCAGAGAAUGAAGCUUCUUGGUCAGACUUGGCCGCUUGGCAACCACGAAGCUGCUUCUGAAGUCCUCGCCGUCCUCACGGCCAGGAAGGAAAAGUCAUGGAACUCUUUGACAGAGUGUGAGAAAAAGGAAUUCCGUGCAGCCGCCCUCAAAGGCUGGCAAGUCUGGACAGACAAUGACGCAGUCGAGAUCCUUCCAGAUGAUGAAGCAGGGCGCAUUCGUGCGCGACUGAGAGCUGAGAACCAAAGUCACCGCAUCUUGGUCCCUCGUUAUGUGAUGGUGGACAAGAAUGACGGCCUUCGGACGGAGACCAAUCAGCUUCCCUUGCUGGCGAACGCUCGCCUGGUAGUCCCCGGGUACCAGGACAUAUCGGCCUAUGGCAUCAGAUGUGACGCCCCAACAGCGUCAAGGACAAGUCAGCAUUUGCUCCUGGCCUACACGGCUUCAAGCAAGUGGAGUUUGUGGUCAGCUGACAUCAAGUCUGCCUUUCUCAAGGGUGAAGAGUUUGGGCCUGAAGAAAGGAUCCUUUACUUGGCCAACAUCCGGACCAAGUAUGCUGAUGAAUCCACCUUACCCUUCUCACCUCAUGGCCUAUGCAGGGUCAAGAAAGGCAUCUUCGGCUUGGCAGAUAGUCCGCGCCGAUGGUACCAGCGGCUCAACAAGGCGGUGGUCAAACGGGGCUGGAAGAUCUCGGUGCUAGACAGCGCCAUGUGGAUGCUAUGGAGUGAAGAUGGCUCCGAGUUGGAAGGCAUCAUGUUGUCCCACGUGGAUGACCUCUUGAUGGGUGGCAAUGAGCGUGCUCAAAAGACCCUAGAAUCUCUGGGUCAAGAACUGGGCUUUGGAUCCAUCUCCAACAAGUCCUUUGUCUACUGUGGCAAAAAGAUAGAGCAGCUCGAUGAUGGCACCAUCUCCGUGUCCAUGGAGGAGUAUCACUCGAACUUGCAGCAGGUGAAGAUAUCUCCAGAUCGAAAGAAGACACCAGAUGCUGCGCUACAUCCUUCAGAACACAAGCUUCAAAGAGUUUGUAGAUCAACCUUUGCCGCUGAAUUGCUCGGCAUUGAGGAGGCCAUGGAUGCAGGACAGUAUUGCAGAGGAGUGCUAGCUGAGGCCCAUGGCUAUGCCUUGGAUAAGAAGCCCUUCGAGGUGAGCACAGAUUCCAUCUCCAUGGUGGUUGUCACCGACUCCAAGGAUGCCUACGACAAAGGGUCGAGCUCAACCCCGUCGUAUGGGUCGCAGAAGUCACUUGCCUUCACAGUGGCUUGGAUCAGGUCCAUGCUGGCCCGGUGCAACACGAUGUUGCGUUGGACAUCCACCGAGAACCUCUUCGUGGAUUGCGGAACGAAGGACAUGGAUUCCGCCCACCUUUUGCGGAUCCUCGAUGCCUGUCGCUGGAGCAUCCGAUAUUCUCCAAGCUUUGUGAAGCAAAGCUCCAAGGGGAAGGCUGCCAAAAAGGUAGUUCAUGAUGAUGUUCGUAGUGAUUUGGGCACCCCUUUUGAGAGCACCAGCCCUAUAUAUGGGCAUGUGAUGAAGUUAAGCACCCAGCCAGGUUGGCACAGAAUUUCAGAAGACUUGGCAGUGCAUGUUUGCUCGAAUGCCCGCUCCUUUCGUUCUCCCGAGCCCCGCUUCAAAGUGGACUCACUUCCGUACAGGUUCACCUUUGCCUGUCUAGAGGGAGCUCACGCCUUGACCUGGCGAAGCCUUGAAGAAGGCAUUGACAUGCGAGAUUUGAAGAACCUUCGUGCCAGUCUCGGCACUUGUGCAUCGAAGCUCAUUAGCUUGGUGCCCUAUGGGCGCUGCUCUUUGCUUUGGCCACUGCAGAAGAAGGUCUAUUUCGAUGUCUCCAUUGGAGGAAAGCCUGCGGGGCGAAUUGUCAUGGGCCUCUAUGGCAAGAAGGUGCCAAAGACUGUGGAGAACUUCCGAGCAUUGUGUACUGGCGAGAAGGGUUUUGGAUACAAAAGCUCCAAGUUCCACCGUGUCAUCAAGGACUUCAUGAUUCAGGGUGGCGAUUUUACCAAAGGUGAUGGCACUGGGGGCAAGUCUAUUUACGGUGAUAAGUUUGCUGACGAAAACUUCAAGCUGAAGCACAAGCGCGGGGGCCUUCUCUCGAUGGCCAACGCUGGCAAGGACACCAAUGGCAGCCAGUUCUUCAUCACCACGGUUUCCACUCCACACCUGGAUGGCCGGCAUGUGGUCUUCGGGACGGUGCUGGAAGGCAUGAAAUUCGUGCGCCAGAUCGAGGGUCAGAACGGCACCCCGCCCAAGGAGGAAUGUAAGAUUGAGGAUUCUGGAGAGCUGCCUUUGGAGAAGCCCUACAAGGAUGCCACCUAUCGGGGGAAAUUGGACGAGGAGCUGUAG